GCGACAACAAGCAAGGGGGAAUCAAAAAUUGUCCCAACCAUCAAACAGGGUGGAGGAGUUGUAACGACUCGAGCGCAUGUGCACUACAUCGUCACCGAGUUCGGUACGGCAUAUCUCUGGGGCAAGAAUCUGCGUCAGCGCGCCUUCGAACUCAUCAGAGUUGCGCACCCCGACCACCGCGAGUGGCUCGAGCGCGAGUCGUACAAGCGACUCAAGGUCAUGCCUUCCCCCUGAAUUGUAAUCGAAUGCUUCUUUAUGCCCCAUAACACUUGACUCAUCCACAGUGCAGUGUUUGAUUCUCCGCAAGCUCUUGCAAUCUACGUGAUGAAUAAAAAAAAAUUCGAUUCGAACA